UUUUCUGAUAAAUAUUUCGUAUUCGUAGAUUUUGUUUUCCUAUUCCACUAUUCCUAGAUAAAAAGGCAUUAUUUUAUGUAUAUUCUAGUAAUAAACGCCAAUGUAAAACUAAAAGAUACUAGGGCCUCUUUAUUUACUUAUUUAUUGAUAUUGUGCUCGUUUUCGUAAAAACUGAAUAAUGACCGAGACGCGUCGUAUACAGCUCCAUUUGGGCAAAUGUAUAGAAGAUUUGGAUAAAUUGUACAAUGUACCCGAUCUAAAAUCGAAGAGAGCAACCUUGUUAUGCAAGACAGCUCAAAAACUCUUUGAAAGUGCUGAAGAAGCUCGUGCAAAAGGUGAUGAGGAGUACUCCUAUGUGUACUAUAUGAAAUACCUUCGGGUAAUUGCAUUUAUCAGUAAAGACAAAGAGUAUCUGAAAGAUAAAAAUUACUUCAAUAAUAUGCUUGGGCCUAAGAAUCCAAACAAAGCUAUUGAUGCGGCUGAGAAAUUGAAAAUUAGUCUGAUUGAAAGAUAUGCUAAAGAGCAAAAAGCCAAACGACUUAUGGAUAUACAAGAAAAUGAGUUAAUCAAACAGAAAAUAGAUGAAAACCGUAAAAAAGCUAUGGACACUAUUGCUGCUGAACCACCACCUCCAACUGGUCUACCAGGUCCUGAUGAUGUUACAAUCAAAAGUGAUCAACUGUAUACUAUAUUAAAAAAUGGCAAACUCAAAGUAAUGAUAUUAGAUGCUAGACCUGGGAAAGAUUAUAUUAACUCACACAUCAACCAUCCUGCUUGUAUCAGUGUGCCAGAAGAAUGUAUAUCACCUGGGCAAUCGGCAAAUGUUUUAGAACAGAAUCUACCAUCUGAAUCUCGUCCUGUUUGGGCAGAGCGGGCCAGCUCUGAGCUGAUAGUGAUGCUGGACUGGAGUAGCACUACAGUCAUUCCAGGGAAACCGCUGCACCUACUCAAGACAAUAUUACUCAAGUGGGACAUCAAAGUGCAAUACUCCCGUCAACCAGUUGCACUAUGGGGUGGUUAUGAAGACUGGCUACUGAAGUAUCCGGCCUUCACCACUAAUCCACAAGCUAUACCACCAUCACAGGAUAUCAUGUUGGAUGAUAUGCUUGGUGAAAUAGACUAUCCAAAUUGGUCCGAUUUAAACCCGACACCUGCUGUUAGCCGGCCCAUAUCAUCUGAACCAGUCAUAGAUCGAGCUAGCAAGUCAGCUGCAGUAGAACUAUAUGCAGAACGCUCUCGUAACAUGCAACAUAUAUUGGAACAGCAGGAACUUAUCGCUGAUACUUCGCUUACUCUUGAGAUGCAAAGGAUUGAGGCUGAACAGGACUGGGAAAAAAUACGCCAACAAGGGGAAACAGAACACCGGGAUGAGUUGCGAGCCAUGUACCAGCUUCGGGAACAAGAAAUUAUCUCACAGCUUAUGCAGCUCGAGAACAAGCAGUUUGAUAUGGAACAAGAGAAUCAGUCUCUGCGUGAGAAGCUGGAAGAUUAUCAGAGAAGGGAAAGAGAAGAGGCAGCCAAACUCGCUGAGAGCAUCGCGCGGUCACAGCUAGCGCCAUCUGCUGAUAAUGAAGCCGUAGCAACAGCCCGUGAGCGGGAAGCUACGGCUCGCGAAGUGGAAGCGAAGCGUGCUCGUAUCGCGGCUGUCACCGCACAGAGGGUGUCACUUGACAGGCAAAGGGAGGCGCUUGAAACUGAGCGGAAGCGGAAACUGGCCGAGGCUAGGGAGAAACAAAAACCGAACUAUAAGGAAGAAGAUACAGAAUCGUACGGCUCCAGUAUUGAGAGUGCAAGUGCCGCCCUGAAUCGAUCGCAAUCUUCGCCGAACAUCGCAAAAGUGUCAUCUGAUGAAGAGGAACCAGUGGUGCCAAGCUUCGAUCGCAGUACAAAACCAGCCAAAGUGGCGCCAUCUAGUGAACUACGACAAAGGGACUUUCAACCUGUUUGGGGAGAUGUCGGUCGAGGUCUGACUGGCCUGAAAAACCUGGGUAAUACCUGUUACAUGAAUUCCAUUAUUCAAUGCCUCAACAAUACCGCCAUUUUGGUCACCUACUUCUGCAAUGGACAGUACCUGGAACACGUUAAUAGAUCACACAGCACUCGCGGCGCGAUAGCGGAAGAGUUGGCUGCGGUUGUGCGAGGGUUAUGGUCCGGACAGUAUAGGUUUAUCGCUACUAAAGACCUGAGGAACGAGGUGGGAAAACACCAGCGUACAUUCCGUGGCAACGAACAGCAGGACUCGCACGAGUUUCUCACCAUCCUCAUGGACUGGUUACACUUAGACCUCCAGUUCUCAAUUAAACCACCACUCAAGGAAAAUUUAGGCGCCUCAGAACGCGCCUGGCACGAAUACACGAAGUCCAAGGAAAGUCUGGUGCUGCGACUGUUCUAUGGCCAGAUUAAAUCAACAGUGCGCUGUUGCGUAUGCGCAACGCAUAGUGCUACGUACGACUCGUUCUCCAAUCUAUCACUGGAAUUACCGCCGCAUGCUUCACGGUGUACGCUUAGUGAUUGUCUAAAACUCUACUUAAACGGCGAAACCAUACCCGGUUGGAAUUGUCCUAAUUGUAAGGAAAAACGGGACGCCGUAAAAAAAUUAGAUAUAUCGCGGUUGCCUCCAGUCUUAGUGAUACAUUUCAAGAGGUUCUACCUUGACCCCAAGGAGUAUUGCAACGCGUUUAGGAAGAGGCAGACAUACAUAGAUUUUCCACUAGAAAACUUGGAUAUGCGGCAAUUUUCUUUGAAUUGCCCUGGCAACCCCGUUUAUAAUUUGUACGCUGUGUCGAACCAUUAUGGCUCUAUGGAAGGUGGACACUAUACCGCGUAUUGCAAGAGCAGUGUUUAUGGAAAAUGGUACAAAUACGACGAUCACCUGGUGACUGAGAUUUCGCCAAGUGAAGUCAAGUCUAGCGCCGCCUACAUUCUCUUCUAUACGUCUUGCGAACGAUAGUGAUGUGUAUUAAUGAUUUAUAUGUGUAAUCGCCCUAACAUAUGUGUACUUAUGCAUUCGCAUGUGUAGUAAAAAUAUUUAGUCUGUUAUGUUUUAUUACGUUUAAAAAAAUUGUAGAUAAUAUUUAACUCAACAAACAUGGCAACACCAGUAUUAGGAAGAUUGUUUGAUUAUUACUUUGAACGUGAACAAGGACGCUAUCUUGUUUUAUAAAAAAAAAAUAUCAAUCUUGCUUCGAGUGUCGUAACUUUGGUUUUAACGCUAAAUUACCUGCAAUGUCGAUAGGAGAAAAGAUGCGUUUCCGGCCUUUUAACAUUUCAUGUAUAGCGCUUGAGAUCUUACGUAAUAAUGAUUUUAUGUCACAUUUUGACACUUUGUUACUGACUUUUAUCCUUCCGGUCUGCCGCGAAUACAGAAUAAAUCUCGUCUUGUUAUUAAACAAUCAUAUUUAAUAUAUUUCAUUUGAGAACUGCGUAGGAGUCGAAGAGGAGCAAAAACACACUUGUAAAUGAAAUAUAUAAUUUUUGUGUGUUGACAAGGAAACACAAUAAACCCAUACUUUAUGUUAUCAGUUCAAGUUAAAAACAAUCUUACGUCGUAGAAAAUUUAUCUCCAAUAUUUAAAUUUUCUUCUUUUAAUCACCAAAAUGUUACCACAUACAUUUGAACAUAACCUUACGAAAAUAUUAUCUCGGCAACUGGUUCUUAAAUCAACGUAUUCAUUAUAAUCCUUAUAAGUACAAACUGUAAAUAAUUUUUUGAUUUAAAACCGUGUCAGAUGGCCGAGUCCUUGAUUGAUGUGGAAAUAAAUCUACCGAAAUACCUGAUAACCUCAGCAAACUUUAAGUUUCACCUAGUAUUCCCAUGAUAAUCACAUGAUGUUUUCCAUACAUUAAUACUUCGUUCUAUUUAUAUUGUUCGUGAUAUGGAUCAACUCACAAUUACACCAGUUACGUUGUCUAAUUUAAUGACGUCAUACAUUCUGAAAUAAAUAUAUUCAACUUUUGUUAGUAACGUGACCGCUGAUCGACGAGGUACAUUUAUUUCAUUGAUUUGAAUUCAUGGUACAAAAUAGCAAGAUAGUUCUAGCUUUUAUUCACCGCUAUGCUUCUAUGGAAGGCCUACAUGUCCCGUCCUGUCAUCUUUCACGGAUUUCUUGAACAGAAACUAUUGGCUCCGAAGAAGUUAAAAGAGAUUGACGGAGAGGAAAGUACAAUUUUUGUUGUGUACAAGCUCCAUUUUCCCUACCAUUAUUUUAAAAGGCGUCUUCCUACCAGCCAAAUUAUUUUCAAAAUUAUGAUGAAAUAAAUUCGAAUUGUAUGUCUUAUAUAUUCGCUUACGGAAAUGAAUGGUUUGGGCAAAAUGGUUUAAAAUAUUAUUUUUUAUUUAUUAAUAUAAAAGAAGGGAAUUAAAUUGUUUGUUAGUAAACUAUGUAUAAAUUUAAUUCUUCAACUAAGGAGAUCAAAACAGAUGCUGAAAUGUCACCUAAAAUCUUAGACAAUUUUGCUCUAAACUUGAUUUGUAAAUAUCGCUGUAAAAUGCUUAAUCUCACUAAAGAUGUAAAAAUAUUUAUUUUGGAUAUUUGAAUGGUUUUAGAAAGACUGAAUGGUAAAAUAUGUCAUUAGAAAGUGUUUUAAUUAUUUGUCUUGAAAAGCUUUCCGUAGAAUACUACUUUUUUUAUUAUGGCUAUACAUGUUCUCUAAAAAAAGGAUCUAUAUCAAAACUGUGAUUCACCUCGCAUGAGUCUAGUGGUGGACGAAAUAUAAAAAUUAUUAAUAUAAACUCCAAAUUCCGUAUAGGGCAUAACGAAAAACAUCAGAUUCAACACGUUUACAGAAAUAAAAAACGUAACAGAGUAACAAUCACCGUUGGACUCUCCCAGCAAACUACAUGUAUAGGCAGCGGCACGUAAGUCUAGCUCUGGUCGAUACGUGGAGGGGAUUGCUAUUUGCUGCGCAUGUGUACUGUGGUGCGGGGGACGGAAUGUGACUGGAGAGCCAAUCGACGCUCUUCAUUCCGCUAGCCCCCCUCAGGUACCUUAUUUUUUACUUCUGCGCAAUAACGGUCAGCGCUAGAGUUUCGUGCCGCUACUUGUACUUAUUGCACUAAAUGGAUUAACGGAUAGUGAAUAAAGUUUGUCGUUUAUCUGCACUAUGUGAUACAUGUAUGUGACUUUGUUAGGAUGUAACUUAAAGUAAUGGACGCUUCUUUCCGGCAAAGAUUACAAGUUAUACAAAAUAUAAAUUAUAUAAAAGAUGGCUACGACACAAUUUAGCAAAAAUUUGUGAUAUUAAUGUUCAAGAAAAGAAAAUAUUGUAAUAUUUCUUUCAUGCAAGUUUUGUUUUCUAUUAUGUCGCCGAUUUGUGUCCUAGUAGUAGUGUAGUGAGGGGACGUAUUGUUUUUGACUAAUCCUAGUUGUAUAUAAACAUUACUAAAUACAUAAAGUGUAUACUUAAGACAGAAUUUAUUAAAUUCUUUGUUAAUA